UAUUCUAAAUUAAAAUGUAAAAAACAAAUUAAAAAUUUUUAAUUCUUUCCUCGUGCUUGAACUCCAAUUCAAAUCCAAAGAAAUUACAAUGGCGAAUUGGAUCUCCAACAAACUCAAAGUCGCCGAAACUUUCCUUCAGCAGAUCGAUCAACAAGCAGCGGAGUCGCUUGGUAAGGGUGAAAACCCUCGAUCUGAUGAUCCGAAAAUCGACAAGCCAAGUAAAAGCAGUGGCAGUGUGUCUUUAAAGGAUCAAUUGAAGAAAAAAAGGCAAGAAAAUGAAGAUUAUAGAGGUAAAUUACAGAGUGAUCCUAGUAAAUUCAAAACUCUUAGUAGAAACAAUCCAGUUCCAGUUAGUAAUCCUACGCCUAGUCCCAGUCCUAUUCCAAAUCCAAAUCCAAAUCCAAAACCUACGUCUUCUCUCACUGAUAGUGACUGGACUCAGCUGCUUAGUACGCCUGAUAAGCCUGCGAGUCUGGCGAAUCGUAGGAAAUUGGGGGGUUUGGGCAAUAGGAGUCAGAAGGGUAUCAAUAGUAGGGCGAGUAGUGGUGGAAGGUUGGAUGUUGUUUUGGGAAGUAAAGUAAAUGGUGCGAAAUUGCUGAGUGAUGGGGAUGAGUCGGCUUCCUCGGGGAGGUCUUCAAAUGUUGAAAUGCAAAAGGAUGGGAAGAAUUUAAGAGGAAGAGAUGUGAAAGUACAGGAUGGGGGAAGUGGAGAGAAUGGUGAGGUUAAGAAGAGUCAUCAGUUGGAGUUGGUGUCAGCAUUGGGGAAGGUUGAUGCUUUGUCUGAUGUGAAGAUUGGUUCAGAUGAUGUAAGUGAUCGGUUGAGUAGUAGUAAUAUUAGAGGGAAUUAUGAGUCUAGCGUAGGAUCUAGAACUUCUGUAUCAGAUGAUUUGAAGAGAGUUUCUUCUUCUUUAAGAGAUAAUAGGUCUGAUUCAGAUUUGGAUUCAAGGUCUGAUUCUGGGUCGUCUUCUGGGUCUGAAAGUGAACAUGAGAGGGAAGAAAGGAGGAAGCGGAGGGAGAAGAUUUUGGCUGAGAAAGCAGCAGCUAAAGCUGUGGAGGCCAUUAAGGAGCGUGAAAAUAUGGUUGCUAGAUUGGAGGGAGAGAAGCAGAGCUUAGAGAAAAUACUUGAAGAACGAGCAAAACAACAAGCAAAAGAGGCUUCAGAGCUGCAGUCAACUACGAUGGAGACCAUGGAGGCUGUUGAGUUAGAAAAACAGAGACAUAAUAAUACUAGGAUGGAAGUCCUGGCACGCUUGGCUAAACUUGAGACUGCAAAUGCUGAUCUUGCAAGAUCCCUUGCUACUGCACAGAAGAAACUUGAAGUAGAGACUGAUCAGGUGGCAGAACUCAGGCAACAAAUUGAGUUGAAAGAAGUGGCUCGUGAAGAACUCAGUAGGAGUAUCUCCCAUACUCACCAGACUGGAACUUACCUCAGCCAAUCAGCAGCUUCAAAAGGAGUUGAAUUUGAACGAGAAAUACUUGAGGCAGAGUACUCAUUCAUAACUGAUAAAAUCGUACAAUUGCAAGAUAAGGCUAAGAAGCUGGAAGAAGACAUAGAAAUAACAAGGAAGGAGAUAGAGGAUCCAACAGAAGUAGAAAUUGAGCUGAAGAGGAGGCUUGGUCAGCUGACUGACCAUUUAAUUCAGAAACAAGCCCAGGUUGAGGCUCUGUCCUCAGAAAAGGCGACUAUAUUGUUCAGAAUGGAGGCAGUUUCAAGGUUGCUAGAAGAAAAUAAGUCAAUGAGCAGUAGCUCAUCAAGAGAUUUGGAAUCUGGAGCAUGGGAGCUCUCCCAGUCAAAGUUGGGGCCUCUUUUCGAAGACAAGAUCCGUUCGGGGAGGAGGCAUAUAGGAUCACUGGUUCUGCAGUUGGAUUCAAUUUUUUUGGCCGGUAUGGUGUUUCUGAGGCGAAAUCCAACCGCAAAAUUAUGGUCUUUGGUUUACCUUGUAUGCCUUCACUUUUGGGUCGUUUACAUUCUAAUGUCACAUUCAAACUCAUCAAAUGAGGCCAGAUCGGGCGCUGUCUUUUCCUUGGAGAAUAUCAAUAACACUACAGCUUUAUAAUAUUUGUUUUUCAUUUCUUUUGCCUCACUUUUAAGAGGUUCUUUUUGCUGGGGCGUAGUUUGUUCAGUUUUUUCCCCCUUAACAUGUAAAAAACAUUGAAUCAGUAGGCAUGUAAUUUCUUUUCCAUAUCAAUACAAUAUACUGAGAUUACAACUUUUCA